GCUGCUUUAAACUCCAUCAACGAUUGUGCUAGCGGAACGGCCAUGGCGACCGACGUGGCGAUGGAGUUUGACAUGGACGAGUCCGAGAUCCUCUUUGGAUCCAAUGGUGGAGACAGCGCCAGCAAUAGUGACGAUGACGAUGACAUGGACACAGCUACGACACUCCGCCACCACCACAUGCAACCGAGACCCGAGGACAUGGGAAGCAGUCCCACCCGGCAAACACAAAAGCUGCCGCGCGUAGAAUCGUGGGCAGUAGACGGCCGAAGUACUGCGAUGAUGAAGAAGCACCCCCAGUGGGAACGACAGAGUCAUUCGAUGCCUGCCCCAUCCUGCGGCUUUCUCGUCGAUAAUCGGCGAAGGCGGAACAAGCAACAGCAUUUCGACGCCGACAGCCCACCUCUGGACCAUCCAGAAUCGAUACUCAUCCCAUCAUCGGCAUCGUCUCAGCAGUCAUCGCAUGUCCACGGUGCCGCCAUUCCCAUCCGCUUGUCGGCCCCUUUGCAUUGGCGGCGGAAAUGCUUCGAAGACGCCGACGACACCCAUUUUGUACCGCCGCAUCAACUCGUCGAGCGCGACUGCUUUUCCCUCGGGAUGGGCCAUUACUUUCGACACAAACCAGGCAACAUCUAGUAUAUACUACUAGUACUACUACUACUAC